UCCUGCCGCAGCGUGGGUGCCAUGGCAACAGAGAGAGCCCUCGACCUGGCUUCCGGAAGCGGGAGAGCUGGAGCUCUGAAGCUACCCUGGUCAAAGGAUGCUGAGUCCGGAACGCCUAGCCCUACCGGACUACGAAUAUCUGGCCCAGCGCCAUGUCCUCACAUACAUGGAGGAUGCAGUAUGCCAGCUGCUAGAGAACAAGGAAGAUAUUAGCCAAUAUGGCAUUGCCAGGUUCUUCACUGAAUAUUUUAACAGUGUAUGUCAGGGAACUCACAUUCUUUUUCGGGAAUUCAGCUUCAUCCAAGCCACCCCUCACAAUAGGGCAUCAUUCUUACGGGCCUUCUGGAGAUGCUUCCGAACUGUAGGCAAAAAUGGCGGUGAGAAAAUGGAGGUCCAGAAAACCUGUGGCCAGUAUCAUGUACACGGGCCUCUCACUGUUGUGGCCUCUCCCAUUGCGGAACACAGGCUCCGGAUGCGCAGGCUCAGCGGCCAUGGCUCACGGGCCCAGCCGCUCCGCGGCAUGUGGGAUCUUCCCAAACCGGGACACGAACCCGUGUCCCCUGCAUCGGCAGGUGGACUCUCAACCACUGCACCACCAGAUUUGCUGACCAUGAGGGAAUAUCACUGCUUGCUGCAAUUACUGUGCCCGGAUUUCCCGCUGGAGCUCACUCAGAAAGCAGCCAGGAUUGUGCUCAUGGACGACGCCGUGGACUGCUUGAUGUCUUUUUCAGAUUUCCUUUUUGCCUUCCAGAUCCAGUUUUACUACUCAGAAUUCCUGGAGAGCGUGGCUGCCAUCUAUCAGGACCUGCUGUCAGGCAAGAACCCCAAUACGGUGAUUGUGCCGACGUCAUCCAGUGGGCAGCACCGCCAGCGGCCUACCUUGGGCGAGGCCAGCAUGCUGGAGGGCGUGGAGGCGUCACUGUUCUACCAGUGCCUGGAGAACUUGUGUGACCGGCACAAGUACAGCUGCCCACCCCCAGCACUCGUCAAAGAGGUCCUAAGCAACGUUCAGAGACUGACCUUCUAUGGAUUCCUCGUGGCCCUCUCAAAGCAUCAUGGGAUCAACCAAGCCCUAGGAGCUUUGCCUGACAAAGGGGACCUGAUGCACGACCCAGCUCUGGAUGAGGAACUAGAACGGCUGCUGGCGCAGAUCCCAGGCCUGGUCAACUCGGUCACUGCCGGUCCAGAGGCCAGCUGCCUGCCUGCCCGGACCCCUCCCCGGGUUGGCUCCCCCUGGAGACCCCUGCAUCACGCCCGCAAAGUGGAUGCAGAGAGCGACGGCUCCACCGAAGAAACAGAUGAGUCCGAGACUUGAGGAGUCUGAAGGGUCCUGUCUACAACGCCCAGUACCCAGCUCCCCGCCCCCCCCUCCCCUCCAGCCCUUGGGACUCCCGGCCACCUCCUCUCCCACCCCCGUGCCAUGCUGCCCUCUGCUGGUGAAAAGGCCAAAUAACGGCCCCAGCCCAGAGACCUGCCAGAGGGGUUCUAAUGAUCAGCCAAGCUAAGCAGUGACCCUAGCAAGUUAACAGCCUGCUCUCCUGGCUCUGCCAGCCUUUCAUCGGGCCCCCAAGCUGACAGCAGAUUGAGCUGAGGCCACCAGAAAGGUGACUUGGCUUUAGCCUUUUGCUGACGGUCCCCAUCUCCUCACAGCAACUCCAGGAAGAGGGAGACCGGGCAUAACCAUGCAGGACCUUGCAUGGUAAAGGGUGACACCCAGUGAUGCAAGUAUUAGGAGGAUAUAGCCAUGGUGGCCUUCUGCUGGAGGAAUAGCCACUAGCCAUAAGAUGGAGAAGGGUGGGUGAAAAGACUAAUUUCACUUUCAAACACUGCUUCGUCUCCUCUGUGUCUAACAGUUAAAUAUGUGAAAUGAAUAAAGUCCCUUGUGUCUGGUAA